AGAGAGCAGCCUCCUCUAUGAGAUAAUACGCCUGGUUGUACCUAAGUCAUUCAGGCCCGAAGUCGGAUCCAUCGAAUCGCGAAAGAUCGCGCGAGGUGAGGGUGGACACCGUGGCCCCUGCAGUCAUGCUCACCAUACAAAACGACAUGUCACCGCGUAAUGGCUCGUGCGUGGCGGAAGUAAGCUCGGUGAGGAGUCUCUCGUCGGACGAUGUCUCGGCGACGAAGACGAACCGAAAGAAGUCCUGCUGGACACGUGCCACGAAUCCGGCUCAUCGCCGUGGACGACGAAUUCAACUGCUACAAAUGCUGGCGCUACCAUUCAUACCGAUCCUAGCGUUGAUCGUUCAGACAGCUAACACCCUCCAUGACAUUCUGAUCUAUCGGCAGGAGGUCUCUGACAUUGAAACGCAGGUAACAAUCGCCACAGAUUUAGGGAAGGUUGUCACGCGGAUGCAGCUCGAAAGAUCUGAGGUUGCAUUCUUUAUUUACACUAAUGGCAGCACUCUAAGGUCGAACUUGACGCAGAGGUUCGCCAUAACCGAUCAAGCUCUUCAUAACAUGACUACGUGGCCCCUGGUCUCGGUACCGAGGGAUGAGAGCAAGACGCAAACCUAUGACGUGGUCAGCAAAGAGGCCUUCCAAGCACGCCUCGAGGAUUUCAGGCAGAAGAUAAGUUCAGAAGAGAGCAGCAUUACCGAAGUGAUGGCGUGGUAUACGAGCGUAAACGCGGCGAUGUUAGACCAUCUGACUAAUCAGAUCAAAGAGACGGAUAAUAGUGGAGUUUGGAGGUAUCUGAUUGCUUUUAAAAAUUUGCUGAAGAGUAUUGAGAGCUUGGGUAUUUCUUCCGUGUACGGAAUCAAUUACUUUGGACGUGGAACCCUUGUGGGGGACAAUUACGUCAGCUACGUUCGCCACGAUAUUCUUGGACGUGAUCUCCUCUCUGGAUCUCUCACAUACGUGCCUUCUCUCAAACAUUUUUACGCAGAACUCACCAACUCCAUGUCAGACUAUGGAAGAAUUAAAUCUAGACGAGAUGAAAUCCUCCAGAACCAGAAGAGGAAACCGAGUGUUGAUGAUGCUAUCGCUUAUUUCGAUUCAAUGGCUACUUAUGUGGAUGAGCUGCGUAAACUUCAACGAGAAUUACGUCACAUGAUCCGGGAUUAUGUGAAUUCAACUUUACAAGAUGCGAGUAACAAAGAAGUUGCUGGGAUAGCUAUACUCGCACUAGUAUUGGUCGUUUCUCCUAUCAUUAUAAUGCUAGUACGUAAUGCGGUUGCGACGAUACAAAUGUACGCAGCCAAUUUAGCGCAAAAGGCUCGGGAACUGAAGCAGGAAAAAGGGAAGAGUGACACGUUGCUUUUUCAAAUGUUGCCUCCUAGCGUCGCACAGCAAUUGAAGCAAACUCAACAGGUUCCAGCGGAAUAUUACGAAGCAGUAACCGUAUACUUCAGCGAUAUUGUUGGGUUCACAGAAAUUGCUGCGGAGAAUACUCCCUUAGAGGUUGUCACUUUUCUAAAUUCGAUCUACAAGUUAUUCGAUGCGCGUAUCGAAUGUUACGACGUGUACAAAGUUGAAACUAUUGGCGAUUCAUAUAUGGUCGCCUCUGGCUUGCCUGUUAGAAAUGGGGACAAACACGUAUCUGAAAUAGCGACAAUGGCCCUCGAUCUUCUAGCAGCUUCAUCGGUAUUUCAAGUACCAAAGCGGCCCGGUGAACGUCUUCAAAUACGAAGCGGUGCUCAUACAGGGCCCGUAGUUGCUGGAAUCGUGGGAAGCAAAAUGCCCCGUUAUUGUCUCUUCGGGGAUACUGUGAAUACGGCCAGUCGUAUGGAAUCAACUGGGGAAGCGCUACGAAUACAUAUUAGCCUAGAAAUGAAAAAAGCUUUGGAUGCAGUAGGAGGUUUCAAAAUCGCACAUCGCGGUUUGGUAGAUGUCAAGGGGAAGGGAUUAAUGGAUACGUACUGGCUGGAAUGCAAAGACGGCGGAAUCGCACGGGCAGCGGAAUUAGAUCUGCCCUCGUUCUUCGAAGAUGUGCGACCAGUUUUCAUACGCCGUUUACGCGAAGAGGGUACCCUUUGAUGCGAACCGUAUUCCCGACGGGACCUCUGGUACCUG